AUGCUUAAUAAGUUGCGCCUGCCUUUCAUUCUGCCGACUAGUGAAACUGCCUGCGUUCAAUUUGCUUUCUCUUGCCAUAUUUACGAUAAUUAUAUCAUGCCAUCGCAGCAAAACAGGGGGCCAGAGCUCCUAGGCGUGCAGGUAGCAUUUCUCGUAGCAGCCUGGGUUGCUACUCUCCUUCGAGUAUACGUUAAAGUAGCCAUCACAAAGAGGCAUACACUCGACGAUGGCGUCAUGUAUGUUUCCACCGUAAGUCUCUCUCCUCAAGUUGUUGCAGAGCUGCUGCUAACUCUUGGCCAGACUCUGUACUCUGCGUACGCAGCUGUCGCCUUCCUCGGCAUUGUCAAGGGCGGUAUAGGCCGGCAUACCUCCGAGCUGGAUGCAGGAAGUAUUGUUGUAGCCCUCAAGGUUUGGUACACAUGCGAGGUUCUUUAUGCCUUCAUUUGCGCUCUCAUCCGGACUUCCAUUGGCUUGUUUCUUCUGCGCAUCAUCGACGGCAGGUUACACAAAACGGCCAAGACCAUCCUUCAAGGAACCAUUAUCGCAGUCUGCGUCGCGUCCGUGGUGUAUCUCUUCAUAAUUGUCUUUCAGUGCAACCCGAUCCGCUACUACUGGGCCAAAUUCGAGGGGCUGCAGGGAAGCUGUCGCCCUACAAGUCUUGUGCCGAACGCCACAAUCUUCCACAGCGUCGUAGUCGCCGUGAGCGACUGGAUCAUGGGUAUACUACCCAUGUCGAUACUUUGGCAACUUCAGAUGAAGCGAGAGAAGAAGAUUCGCUUAUUGUUUUUUUUCGGAGUUGCAAUGAUGUACGCUUUGCUUCUUGUCCGCCUCCGUUCUUCCUCCCUAGCUAACACCGAGCGCACUGGAAGUGCUGGAAUCAUCAUGAUCAUUAGGAUACCUUACAUAAAGGUGCUUGAGAUAUCGGCCGACUUUCUCUAUGAAACAGUCGAUGUCGCUCUUUGGUCUCUUUUGGAACCUUCAAUCGGCAUUAUUGCAGGAUGCAUUGCUACACUUCGGCCUCUCCUGAACACUUGUAGUUUAGGUAAGAGAUCGAAACAGAAAUCGUUUUCAUCUUGGAGAAACUCCUUGCCAAGGGCCAUCCUGAUUAGACGCGAGUUUCAUGUUACAAGUAUCAAGAUUGAAGACCCUGAGUAUGCUGUACCAAGCAAUGCAGCGGUGGUUUCUGAAUCGUAG